UAUAGUGGUUAGUGAAGAGCUGAAAAUCUGAAGACAUGAUGGGAAGAGAAGAGAACUAAACCAGCCCUGCUCAGCAAUGCUAGAGGCAUGAUGGAGGUUGAAUCCUCAUACACAGACUUCAUCUCCCGUGACAGAACAGGCUGCAGGAAUGCCGUCCCUGACAUCCAGGAUGACUCGGCAGCAGUGAGCAUGAGGAAGCUGAUGGGGACCAUGGGGGAGCUGGCACUCGGAGGCGCAAGGCAGGCAGAGAUAAGCACCUCGGACAAGGAAGCCGGCACGAGGCCUGAGGGAAAUGAGGGCACUACCACAUCCUGA